AUGGAAUUUAUGAAAUUGGCGAUUGAGGAGGCGAAGAAAGGGAUGGUAGCAGGGGAUGGAGGUCCAUUUGGAGCAGUUAUUGUGAAAGAUGGAAAAGUAAUUGGAUCGGGACAUAAUAUGGUUUUGGUAACCAAGGAUCCAACGGCUCAUGCUGAGGUUACGGCUAUUAGGAAUACUUGUAAGAAUGUUGAUUCCUUCGACCUCUCCGGCUGCCAACUCUACACCUCCUGUUAUCCAUGCCCAAUGUGCAUGGGCGCUGCUCUUUGGUCCCGCGUCGACGCCAUCUACUACGGUGCCACGUCAUCAGAAGCCGCAGAAAUCGGAUUCGGUGAUCACGAGUUCCACGAGUUCCUCAAAGAUCCAAAAACCGAUGAGAAGAGAAAAUUAGAGCAAUUUAAGGUCGAAAACUACCUGGAACCAUUCCAAAUGUGGGCCAAGAAAGACGACAAGACUCCGUAUUAA